AUGGGUGUAAAAAUUGUAGUUUUAGGGGCAGGGGUAGUCGGAUUAUCAACUGCAGUAAAUCAGAGAAGCAUACCUAAUGCAUGUGUUAAGGUUAUCGCGAAUAACUUUUAUGAAGGCACAACAAGCUAUGGUUCUGGCGGAUUGUUUAUCCCGACCUCACAAACUCAAUAUGGAUCAGACGUUGAAAAUUUGAGACUGAGAGACGGUGGUGGUCAGUUGGAAAAGAGAAAAAUAACCCGUAUGAAUGAGUUUGUAGAUAAAUGUGAUGUUUUGAUCAACUGUUGUGGCCUUGGCAGUAGAGAGCUAGUGGGAGACAAGCUCAUGUUUCCUGCAAGAGGAGAAAUCGUUAGGGUGAAGGCACCCUGGAUAAAGCACUGGGUAAAUACGGAUGAUGUCACAUACAUGAUUUCGGGGGAAAAUGACAUCGCUCUUGGUGGAUUUAAACAAAACGGAAAGGAAUCACUAAAGGUUGAGAGCAAUGAGACAGAAGAUAUACUACAAAGAUGUAGAAAACUCAUACCUGGUCUAAAGGCAGCAAAGGUUGAUCACACGUGGGUUGGUUUGAGACCUUGCAGAAAGGGGAUAAGACUAGAAAAAGAGACUUUAAAGUUUGGAAACGGGACACUAGAGGUAAUCCAUAAUUAUGGCCAUGGUUCUGAUGGCGUAGCUUUGUCAUGGGGAACUGCACGGGAAGUUGUGGAUCUGGUCAAGGAGUUGGUUUCUGAG